UUUCGCUUAUCUAAUCAGCGCUUUUGACAACUACAAAUAACUAUGGAAGAAAAGGGUACCAACAAAACAGAAAAUUAAGGCAGCCACGGAAGUCAUUAGGCUUUGAUGGAUGGCAGCAUCGCAGCAAGACUAGCUGAAGACAGCAAACAUUAGCAGAGCCAAGCAAACAUCCGAUGCAGCCACCACUGUAAAUAACCAACACAACAACUAAACCGUGGGUUAAUUGUAAAACUAAAAGUUUUAUCAUCAUUGCAACUUCAAAACCUGCCUCUAGAAAGCUAAACAUCAGAAUGGCCAGCAGUAGUGUUGAUCCAGCUCUUUCGACUGCUCUGGAUGUGUUGACGGUUGUCUUCUAUGGAACUGCGUGUGCUGCUCUGAUGUGCAACAGUCUCAUCGUAGCAGUGCUGUUCAAAGUUGGAAUCAGUCGUGCUUCACUGUGUUGUAUGCUGAUGGUAGCUGUCGCAGAUACUCUAACCAUUCUAGCAGACUCCGUGAAUUUCAUUUGGGACUCUGAGCUCGGAGGGUUUUGCAAGUUCUGGCGCUGGGUGCUCUACACAUUUGCAACUGCAGCCCAGAACGAGCUGGUACUUUUGGCUCUUGACAGAUACCUGGCAGUGAGGAACAUCAACAGAUACCAGCAGACACUCAUGCUCAAUAUCUCCUACCCAGUCAAGUGCUUCUUUGCCAACCUUGCUCUCAGUGCACUGGUCAUGAGUGGAACCAUGUACGUCGGCAAAUACAACCCAGACUCCAAGACUUGCGAGGGAGAUCCGGAUGUGAACAUGCAUCUUCGGCUGGUCUAUGUUUCUUUUUCAGGCCUCGUGGUGUAUUUUGUUGCACCUAUAUUGUCUAUUUUGACACUCACAAAGCUACUGAGAAACAAACUCCGACAGUUGACAGUAGGAGUGGGCGGCUACAGUACUGGCACUGGCACAGGUACUGGUACUGGCAAUGGUUCUGUAGGUACUAGCAGCACUAGAAGUGAGGCCGGGGUUUCACGGUCUGGUUUGGAUGAGAAGGAGUCACUGGUGAACCAUGGAGCCAUAGUGUGUGGCUUCUCCCUCGUGGCCAUAUCAUGCCUCGUAGCACUCUCUUUUGUCGCCAGGGCACUCAUCAACAGUCCUUUGCUGGUCUCAAUUUUACCAUCUCUUCACACGCGCACUCUUUGCAAGAAAAUCGCUAUGAAGCUGAUAUUCAUUCUGCUCAGUCUGAAUAUGACGGUGGCGUUCGUCGUUUUCACCGCGCAGAGCAAAAUAUUCAGGAAGUCGUUGGCCUCCAUUUGGCAGCGGAAGAAGCGUCGACCCUCAUUGGACGAGGUCUCGACCAAUCAUCGUGAGCUUCGCAAGCCGAAAAGGCAGCAAAGAAGAAAGCAGCACAAUAAGAAUAAGGGGAAUAGUGUGGGAGUGGGGGGAUACGAGAGGCAAUAUCGAGAAUUCUGUGCCACUCUCCAGAUUCUUUCGCGCAAGAUCAUCCAGGCCAGAAUGGGCUCGCAAGUGGCCAUGAUAUAUAAAUCUGAAAGCGACAAAGCUCAAAAAACCCAAGUCAUCUAUCGCCUUUAUUGGGUAGAUGGGGAAGCCAGGUUCGAGUGUUUAUCUCCGACAGAAGGAAAUAUCAUCAAAACAACAGCAAACGGACAUCUGGGAUCGAAUCCGAUUGAAAAUUUUGAAGAUGUUUAUUUGGAUGAAGAGUCAAUAAUGAAACUGGCUUCCCGAUUUUCGCAGCCUCAUCCAGACCAGCCCCACGUUUAAUGGGAUAACUGAUGAAGACAUUAGAACAAUGGGCAUUAGAUACUAGCAUUUUAUCCCAGGACUCAAAAACCGCCGAUUUCCGAAGUCUGAAAACCGCCGAUUCUCAAUGAAUGAAAACCGCAAUUUGUACAAUAGCGUGCACU